UUCUGUAAGAACGUCACAGCAGUGUUUUGGCAACUUUAGUUUCAAUUGGGCCUAAUUUGUUUCCAUUUUUCUGGCACACUGUUCUUUAACAACACUACAGGUGUUUUUAAUUUUAGUCUAAUUAGCUCUCCAUCUGGAUAAACGUAAACAACGGUUUCAGUGACGUUAGCAUAGCAACGUUAGCUGUUGGCACGAUACAAAUAACUUCUAACGUUGCUUUUCGUUGUGUUUGUGGAAGUUUCUUCAAUGACUACAGGCAAUACGAAACAAAGAUGCACAGAGUCCUGAGUCAGAGGACAGCUACAGCAGUUUAUCUGAACCUCCCAAUUUAUCUGACAUUUCCUACUCUGAAAGGUCGCCAAGAAAUGUCUCAAACCAGAGCUGCAGGCCCUGCACAACCCAUCCUGAAGACCAUCCGUUGCACUCAGCGUUAACAGGCUUUGUGAAUUCUGACUUAAAGACGGGAUGUGGCGUGAACACAGGAAAUUAAAUCAGGAAAGAAGUUAAGAUGAUCCUACUGUCGACCAGGUUCGGGGAGUCGAGAGAAACACUAGACAUUAAGGUGAACGUUCAGUAGGGUUGGACAGAAGAUGCCACGGGGAUGGUGGUUUGUCAGAUGGCUGGGGACAGCAAUGGCGGUCCUCUCUUUGCUGACCCACAGCUGGGAACAGGACACGGAAGACUGGCAUUAUGAGGAAUGUAAGCUGUCCCGCCCGGGGCCCCCAGCCACGAUUGUGACCAUUGACGAGGAGAGUCCCAAUGGUACGGUCCUGGUUGAAAACAUGCAGAUAAAAGGUAGAACUCAAGCUCCAGACAAAACCAUCUCACUGACGCUGCAAAGAAACUACGACUACUGGGUGAUCUUAGAACCAGUGCGACAGAGGCUCUACCUGAACAGCACUGGACGAGUUCUGGACAGAGAUCCUCCCAACCUUAUCAAGACCAUUGUAGUGGAGGUGGAGUGCACCAAUUUGCUGGUUGGUAAUGUCAUUUCCCACGAGGUGCGGAUAGUUGUGAGAGACAGGAACGAUAACACGCCUCGAUUCCAGCAGUCACGCUACUACGUUGCCAUAAGUGAGCUCACACCGGUUGAAUCGAUCAUUUUCACCGACUUCACUGACAAAGGUGCCAUAGACAUUGACGAUGGCCCUAAUGGACGUAUCGAGUACAGCGUCCUUUACAACCCCGUGGACCCGGUGUCCAACAGAACGGUGAGCAUUGCGAACACCCAGUCAGGUCACGUCUUUCUGACUGAGAGGCUGAACUACGAAGAGCGAACGAGAUACCUGGUAUUAAUCCAAGCCAAUGAUCGUGCCCUAUACCCUCCCAACAGAAGGACAGCUACCACGACUCUGACAGUGGACGUUCUGGACGGAGACGACUUAGGCCCGAAGUUCCUGCCUUGUGUUUUGGUAACCAACACCAGCGACUGCAGCCCCAUCACCUACCGUGUCGCCAUUCCUGAGUUCACUGAUCCGAAAAAACUGAACCCACUGAAUGUGACCCCAUCCAUCCGGGCAGUGGACAGGGACGAAAACAUUCAGCCUCCAUCAGCCAGACCUGGCAUUCUUUACUUCAUCCUCAUUGGCUCCCCACGCACGUACUCAGAGUAUUUUUCCCUGAAUAAAACCACAGCAGAGUUGCUGGUUCUUCAGCCCAUAAGCAGAGAUCUGUACCAGAAAUUCACACUUGUCCUUAAGGCUGAGCAGGACAACGGUCACCCCCUUCCGGCCUUCGCUGACCUCGUCAUCGAAAUCCUGGACGAGAACAACCAGGCGCCAUAUUUCCAGUUCGUCACGUAUCAGGGCUACGUGAGCGAGUCCUCCCCUGUCGGUACCACCAUCUCAGCCAGCGCCAACCUCAGCUCCCCGCUGAAAAUCAUUGCUCUGGAUAAUGACAUCGAGGAGACGAAAGACCCGAUGGUGACGAUUACCCUGAAUGACUACACCGCCGUCUUCACUCUGACCCCCUCUGGAUUAAUCCGCUACCUAAGGCUUCUCCAACCUGUGGACCGGGAGACUCAGAUGGCCUACACUUUCACGAUGUUGGCCUCAGAUGGUGUUCAGCAGAGUCGCCCAGUAACUGUCAACAUCCUGGUUCUGGACGCCAAUGACAACACGCCCACGUUUGGCAAGGUCUCCUACAGCGUUGAAGUCUUCACAGACAUGCAGCCAGGGGAGACAGUACUACAGUUAACAGCGGCGGACGCCGACCAGGGACUGAACGGCUUGGUGACAUAUGAGAUCGUCACGGGUGCACAGGGGGAUUUCAUCAUCAAUAAUCGAACUGGACGCAUCACAGUGGCACCUGGUGUAACCUUGACCGUCGGGCGAUCGUACGCGCUGACGGUGAAGGCUUCUGACAAUGCACCAGAGACACAAAGAAGGAGUUCCAUAACAACAGUUUACAUCGAGGUUCUGCCUCCUAACAACCAGAGCCCCCCACGCUUCCCUCUCCUCACCUACAGCGUUGAAGUGAGCGAGGCCAUGAGGCUAGGAGCGAUUCUGCUUAACCUACAGGCUACAGACAGAGAAAAUGACCCAAUCACAUACCGUAUUCUGAGUGGCGAUCCCGAAAAGGUCUUCAACCUCACUAGAACGAUUGGUCUCCUGCUUCUGGAUAAGCCAUUGGACAGGGAGACCACUGAUCAGUAUCGCUUGAUUGUCACGGCCUCGGACGGAAACCCUGGUGGGACAUCCACCACUACAGUAAACAUAGUCGUGACUGACGUCAAUGAUAACGACCCGGCCUUCAACCUCACCCUACCGACCAAUUUCACUGUUGAAGAAGAACAGGCGAAUUUGUUCAUAGGGGAAGUCUUGGCCACAGACCCAGAUGCAGGGGCGAAUGGCCAGGUGCGUUACCGGAUAGUAAAUCACCCUGACCUGUUCAUAAUCAGUGAGAACGGCAGCAUUUACACUAAGGUGCCUCUGGAUCGGGAACGCAAAAGUCAGUAUGACCUGGUGGUGGAGUCCUCAGAUGGCGCCGUAGAUCCACGCCGGACCACCAUUACCCUCUCGAUCAAAGUCACGGAUAUUGAUGACAACAGCCCUGUGUUUUCCCAGCCAACCUAUGAAGUGAGCGUCCCUGAAAACAGCCCAGUCGGGACCGUGGUGCUAACGCUCAGCGCUGUUGACGCUGACCUUUUCUCCAAUGUCACUUAUCGGAUCAAAACUGAGUCGGCCGGACAGCUGUUCUCUCUGAACUACAUCACAGGGGAGGUAGCGGUGCUGCAGACUCUGGAUUUUGAAGGCCUGGCAGCAAUGGGCAUGGGUGCCACUUAUACAUUUCAGGUGGAGGCUGUGGACCAUGAAGGUGUCAUGCCUCCAGGUGAAGCUACCGUCACAGUCCGCAUCAAGGACAUGAAUGACUUCUCCCCCAUCUUUAGUCAGGACCUGUAUAAGGGUAUGGUGGCACCGAACGCAGAAAAGGGAACAGUUAUCACCAAGGUUUUCGCUGAGGACAGAGAUCCACCUGGUACUCCGGCCAGUCUGGUCAGGUACAGAGUGGACCACGACAGGUCUCCCUACAGUGGCAGCAUCUUUGAUGUGGAAGAGGAGACAGGAAGAGUCAUUACUAAGGUCAACCUAAAUGAAGAGCCCAGUGUCACCUUUAAGUUAUUUUUGAUAGCCUUUGAUGACGGAGAACCGGUGAAGACCAACAGCACCCUGGUGGAGGUCACUGUCCUUCAGCCGUCUCGCAUCCCUAUCUUCACCCAAGAAGAAUACACGUUUUCUCCAGUUAGUGAGCUGGCUCGGCUCGGCACGCCUGUGGGAACUAUUCUAGCUGCGGCUGUCAAUCAAACCAUCUUCUACUCCAUUGUGGAAGGAAAUGAACUGGGUCAUUUUCGGGUGAAUAACAGGACAGGUGUCAUCUCUACAGCUAAACCUCUGGAUUAUGAGAACGUGACCAGCUACGUCCUCAGGGUCCAGGCCGACUCCAUGGUGGUGGUGAUGGCCAAAUUGCGCGUACCUUCCAAAAGUAACACGGCCAAGGUGUUCAUUACAGUGCAGGAUGAGAACGACCACCCCCCCGUCUUCAGCAGGCAGCUCUACAUAGGUGGCGUGACGGAGGACACGAAGAUCUUCAGCUCCGUGCUCAAGAUAGUGGCCACUGACAAGGACACAGGGAACUACAGUGCGAUGGCGUACCGCCUGAUCAUCCCACCUACAGCUGAGGGCCAGGACAGCUUUGUCAUCGAGAUCUACACGGGCAUCAUCAAGUCUGCUAUGAUGUUUCGCAACAUGCGCAGGUCCUACUUUAAGUUUGAAGUUAUUGCCACGGACGACUACGGAAAAGGCCUUAGUAACAGUGCUGACGUUGUGGUGUCUGUAGUCAACGCUUUGGACAUGCAAGUUGUUGUCUCGACUGUUCCGCCCACUUUGGUCGAAGAGAAAAAGGAGGAACUUAUAAGUAUCCUGGAACGCCACGUCCAGGACCAGAUUCCUGGUGCUAAAGUGAUCGUAGAGGCUAUCGGGCCACGUCGUCAUGGCGAUGGCUUUGAGCUAGAGGACUACACUAAGACGGACCUGAUGGUUUACGCCAUCGACCCCCUCACGAACAGGGCAAUUUCCCGCCAGGAGCUCUUCAAAUUCCUCGAUGGGAACGUGCUGGAAAUCAACAAAGAAUUCCAGCCGCACCUCGGCGAGGGAGGGCGCAUCCUUGAGAUCCGAUCGCCGGACGUCGUGGCCAGCGUGAAGAAGGCCGCUCAGGCUGUGGGCUACACCGAGGGAGCUCUGCUGGCUCUGGCCAUCAUCAUCAUCCUGUGCUGCAUCCCUGCCAUCCUCAUCGUCAUGGUUACCUACAAACAGUUCAAAGAGCGACAGGCAGAAUGUGCCAAAACAGCCAGGAUUCAGAUGGCUCUGCCACCAGGAGGGAAAGCACCUCCGGCGAGUGCUCCUACCACAAACCUGUAUGAGGAGCUGGGUGACAGCAGCGCGAGGCGAGGCAGACAGCACCAGCAACUGCUGAGGCCGUCUCUUCUGAGACCUGAGGCGCUCUCCAUGGAGUCCGGUAUCGACCCAGGCCAGGAUUAUUACUCACAAGACUACUAUAAUUAUGACCAAGGGUAUGACAUUCCUCAGUAUGGCAGUCGAAGAAGGCUGAUCUCCCCCAUGUACGAUGAAUACGGCGAAGUGAUCAUGGAGGAUGAUUAUUACAGCAUUACUGAGGCGGGGAAAAAGAAGCGGAUCAAGCUAGUGGUAGAUCGGGAGAAUGAGACCAGCUCCACAGGGGAGGAGAGCACCACAGAGAUGCAGUGGAACAGACCUGCCAACACCAACAUUAACGGAACCAUCUACCUUGCACAAAACGGCACCAUCAUCCGAACUAGACGGCUGCUGCAGCCGAACAACUCAAAGGUGGGGUCUCCGUGUCGCCUGGGUAAGCAGUUUAAAAAAUUAGACAAGUUAGGAGUGACUCACGAAGAACCUCCGACCGUGAUAGGCUCCGAAGAUUCGGGGAGCACCACCAAUAACGGGAUAGGUACAUGCAUCCCCUCUGGUGUUGACGUCAACCUCAACACUCGGUCCUCCUGUGACUCCCUUCAUUCUGCCUUUAAGGAGCUCAAGAGCUUUGGAUCCAAAACCAGUAUUGGCAAGGCCUUGAAUGACAAAAAAAGCUUAAGUCCCAGUGUCACGGGGGAGCAAGAGACUUCUGUGGAUAACUACAGGAGCAGCAGAGAGACACUGGAAUACCACAGCGACCACACGCUGUCAGAGGAGGAGGAGCUUUGGAUGGGACCCUGGAACAACCUGCAUAUACCAAUGACAAAACUCUGACUGAUGGCUGUUAACUUAUCAGAUUUUUUUUUUUUUUUUUUUCGUUUUGUCAGUCAUUUUUUUCUCUCUCUUUUAUAGGAAAAAAAAAGGUUGUGCGCCUCAUCUAGGAAAGCUCUCACUGUCCGUGGUGGUAACUUGAAUUUUAUUUAACCCACUUUUUUUUAUAUAAAGUUUAUCUUAUAGAAAACCUUUAAUGGUCGAUUUGAAAGGGCAAAUUAAAAAAAAAUAUUGAAUCAGUUCACAAAAAGAAUUAUUUAUUUAAUUUCUUAAAUAUAAUUUUAUGAUUAAUCAUUCAUCAUAUUAAAUAGACUGUAAAGAAAAACAAAAUCGUAUUUUGCUAAAAAUCAUUUAAAACAAAAGGAAAACAACUAUGAUUCAGAUUGUAUAGUUUAAGUUAGAAUCCCACAAAAAUAUAUUUGAACAAAAAUUAGGGAAAUUAUUUUCGUCUAAUUUGAAACAGAGAGUCGAUUAUUCGGUUUAAAACCAUGACGUCAUUGUUGUUGCUGUAAUUACAGGGUGACAUAUAGGUCUGUUGUUUGUAAAUACAAAAUAUAUAUUUUCAAGCUUGUUGUAUGAUGCAGAUUUACAGUUUAUUGAUAAAACAGGAGGCUCCAAAGUAUUCUAUAAAUAAAAGUACUCUAUGUACUACUUUUCAUAA